UUGCAGGCUGCACCUGUUCCCCCCCUCUUGGCUAGAUCCCAGGAGAAGAUGACUGGGAAGCAGAGGAAGACGAGGCCUGAGGUGUCCGUGACGUUUGAGGAUGUGGCUGUGCUCUUCACUCGGGACGAGUGGAGGAAACUGGACCCUUCCCAGAGAAGCUUGUACCAGGAUGUGAUGCUAGACAACUACAACAAUGUGCUCUCUCUGGGAGCAGGAUUCCCAUGUUCCAUGCCAAAGGUCAUCUCUCUGUUACGGCAAGGAGAAGAUCCCUGGAAGGUAGCAAAAGAAAGUGCCCGGAGGCUCCUCUGCAGGUUGAAAAAGUGGUCUUAA